AUGUGGUUACGAUACAGAUUUGGCGAGAAGGACGUGUACAAUGCCGCUCGAGGCCACUUCGCGACGAAGUACGAUAUCGAUGUCGACAAGGCGGUCAAGUCGCCGUACCAUAAUGUCGAAGAGGACGAGAAAACGGUAAGGUUUAUCCUUAAUGCCGAGGCGCCCGACUUCCACGAAACAUUCAAUAUCAAACCCGAGUGGAAGCUUUCACCCGACGAAGUGUUGGCCCGAGAAUGGAAGCCGGAGUUACAAAUACCCGUGAUGUCUCGCGAAGAGUUGGCAGAGCAGGGCACGCCGCUCCCGCCGCUGGAGCUCUUGGAAGUGCUCCACGAGUACAUCGGCAAACAGGACUUGCUCAAAGAGCGCCAAAUGGACGAGCUGGCUCUCCUCGCACUUGGCCUGCUCGUCGAGUACUUUAUCGCCAACGAGAUCGACGAUAAAUUCAUUGAGUCCUUCCGCCAACCACCCGAACUCGAGGAAACUAAGUCCUACAACCAGAGCGUGUUUGACAUGUUGGACAAAUCGGAUCUUCUGGACGAGUCUGGCGACGAAAAAGGUCAUGCUUUCCCUGCCCACGGUGAGCACGAAGAAGAUGAAGAGUAUAAAGACGACGAAUCAGAGGAAGAGGAUGAUAUCAAGUAUUCCAGAACCAAACGCGGAAAAGCGGAAGAAGAUGACGGUGAUAAUGAAAACUCCACUACCAAACACGAACAAGGCGAUGAGUUCCAAGCUCACCUUAGUCAAUACAAUGAUGACGCCGAUAUAUACGCUCCGGUAACGGGAUCGAGCGAGAUUCGGACAGCUGUCAAAGUGGAAGAAGGAACCUCACGGACAUUCCCCACUGAGUCUACGUCUCAUACAGUUGAUAAGAAGCCUGAUGUGUCUAAGAAGAGCUCUUCAAAGUCAAAGAAGAAACGAAAGCUGAAUGAUGAUAAGCUGAAGAAGACAAAGAAACUGAAGAAAUCGAAACCCGACGUGCCAGGGUUCUAA